CAUGUGGCCUACUCGACCUCUGACAGGCACUGUGCUGUUGCCAUAGAAACCAGCUGUCUGCUCUGGUGCAGUAACUGGUGUUGUUUUGUUGCAGACGGCAGCCCGCUGUCCUGGUGGCUGGACCGGGAAGGAGAGAGGCGGAGCUACUGGGGCGGCUUCCUGCCCGGCGUGCAGCAGUGCUCCUGCAGCCUGGAGGAGAACUGCAUCGACAUGAACUUCUUCUGCAACUGUGACGCUGACUCAGAGGCGUGGGCUAAUGACUCAGGAAUCCUGUCCUAUAAAGACCACCUCCCGGUGAGCCAGGUCGUGAUCGGGGACACCAACAGGACGGGCUCUCAGGCUGUGUACCACGUCGGCCCUCUGCGUUGCUAUGGAGACAAGUCUAUUUGGAAUGCGGCGUCUUUCUACCAGGAGUCCUCCUACCUCUACUUCCCCACGCUGCAGGCUGAGCUUGCCUCCGACAUCUCCUUCCACUUCAAGACGAGCGCUCCUUCAGGCGUGUUUCUGGAGAACCUCGGCCUCAAGGACUUCAUCCGAGUGGAGCUCAGCGCUCCCUCUGUGGUGGCGUUCUCCUUUGAUGUGGGUAACGGUCCGGUGCUCCUGUCCGUGAAGUCCCACCUCCCCCUGAAUGACAGACAGUGGCACUACGUGCGGGCCGAGCGGAACGUGAAGGAGGCAUCCCUGCAGGUCGACCAGCUGCCGCUCCGCUUCCUGGAGGCGCCGGCUGAUGGACACCCUCGCUUACGGCUCAGCAGCCAGCUGUUUGUAGGAGGAACGGCGUCCCAGCAGCGUGGCUUCCUGGGCUGCAUCAGGACUCUGAGCGUUAACGGCGUGAGCUUCGACCUGGAGGACAGAGCGCGGCUGACGCCCGGCGUGAGCUCCGGUUGCCCCGGUUACUGCAGCGGCUCCAGCAGCCUCUGCCACAACCGAGGGCGCUGCAUCGAGAAGAACAACGGCUACGUGUGCGACUGCUCCCAGUCGGCAUACGGAGGGACUACCUGUGACCAAGAGGUGUCGGUGUCCUUCGACUCGGAGUCCUCGGUGACCUACACCUUCCAGGAGCCGUUCUCAGUGAUGCAGAACAGAAGCUCGCCGGCCUCCAGCGUUUCCACCGAGAGCAGCAGCCGAGCCAGAGAGGACGUGGCGUUCAGCUUCGUCACAUCCCAGCGGCCCGCCAUGCUGCUGACCGUCAGCACCUUCAGCCAGCAGUACAUCGCCGUCAUCCUCGCCAACAACGGGAGUCUGCAGAUCUGGUAUCACCUUCAAACAGACACGAGUCCAGACGUUUUCAGCCCCGCCCUCGGCAACCUGGCAGACGGGCGACUCCAUCGAGUCCGGAUCCACCGAGUGGGAAAGAACCUCUAUGUACAGAUCGACCAGGACAUCCACACAAAGUACACACUGUCAUCUGAUGCAGAGCUGAUCCUAAUCAGAUCCCUGACAUUGGGCAAAGUCACCAGAGGAGACGACUUCAACCAGGAAGUGGUGCGAGCGGCCUCCAAAGGUUUUGUCGGCUGCCUCUCCUCAGUCCAGUUCAAUCACGUGGCGCCGCUGAAGGCAGCGCUGACCAACCGGGGGAGUUCACUGGUCACCAUCAGAGGUCCUCUGGUCCAAUCGAACUGUGGCGCCCUGGCAGAGUCCACCUCGCACACGCUGCAAGAUCAAACGGCGACAGCCAACAAAGACAAGGAGCAGCAUCAGAGCGGCAGCCAGAAGGACUUGGCUGUCAUCGCAGGUGUGGUCACAGCGGUGGUCUUCAUCGCAGUGUGUGCUCUGGCUGUGAUAAGCCGCCUCCUCUACCAGCAGCGGCGCGCCCAGAGGAGCAGCAGCAGCAGCGGCGGCGGCAUCAAAGAGGAGAACAGACACAGCAUGUACACGGACUACAGGACAGAGAUGCACCUGCACAGCUCAGUCAGAGACAACAUGAAGGAGUUCUACAUCUGACUGUGGAGCUACAAACUCACCUCUCUCUCUUAGAAAAGGACAAACAGGUGGACGUGCAGCUGCAGGAUUUCUUACUACAAACAUCAUCUCUGUGUCCUGGAAGUGUCUGAGGAACACUGAUAAACCUGCAGCUGGUGGUCCACACCUCCAGCCCGAGCGAGCACCUCUACAGAUCUUAGUGUUUUUGAUGUUGGUGAAACUGUCAGAAUCAAGCUGCUGUGGUUCCUGCUGUGCAAAAAUGUGUAAAGCAAAAGAGGACGGACGGACACACCGUGGUCCAUCCUGAAUGCGCACAACUUGAACUCCUUAGUUUGAAACCCUCAGAUGCUGAAUACUCCCACAUUUCAGUGGGGACUUAAAGGUACCUGCGAGUCGGGGGAAUGUAGGCCAGGCCUGUAAGAUAUGCACACAUCCGCUGCUGUCUUUGUUUUUCCAGUGGUGGUGAAUGUUGUAGAAGAAGAAAUGGGGACAAUACUGCCUAUACUGUAUGAGUGCCUAAUUUGCAUACAAGUUUUUAUUUGAGGAGUUAUUCAUAUUCGUUUUCACAGAAGCAGUCACAUUAACAUCGAGCAGUACGCCGAAUAAAAAAGAAAAUCUGGUUUUCUCCCCUCGUGCACCACACCUGCAAGGUGACCAUUAGUGACUUUUGGUUUCUUUCACUGUUCUCUUUCUGCAGCGUUUGAGGGAGCAUGGAGGUCGACAAAGUUAAAGAGGCAGGCCCGGUUCUACGAUGCUGCAAAGGAAUGCAUUAAGCUGCAAAACAAACAGAGACUCAGAUUGUGUUUAUUACAUCCUCGAUCUGAUGGUCAUGACCCGUCCUCUCACGCGGGCGCACAUGAGGGCGCACAUGAGGGCGCACAUGAGAGCGCACAUGAGGGCGCACAUGAGGGCGCACAUGAGGGACCCAGAACACCUCCCCUGUUCUUUAUGGCUCUCUCUCUCCGGUCACUGUGGCUGCACCCCCUUUAACCUCAGAUGCACCCUAAGUCUUUUGUUCUAGAACCGGACCUGCCUUCAAAUCCAGGAAGUUUUCAUCUUUUCAGGGCUGCACCCGACUCAGCGUUUUGUCAGUUUCAUCAGCUCGGCUCUCCGCUCAAUGAUUUGGGCUUUUAUUUGAUUUCUGUGCCACCUCGUGCCGGAUCAUUCAACACAUGUUUUUUUAUUUAUCUGUAAAAUGUCUCUGUGUCGUCUUGAACCGCAGCUGUCAAUCAAACAUUUGAGCUACUUCAUGUCAAAGUGUUUAACCUGUAAGAGUUUUUAAUGAAAAGUUCAAAGUUAAAGGGAGAAUGUGCGACUUUUUGAUCCAGUAGAUGGCGCCCUUGAGCACCAGCAUGAAACCAAAACAAACAAAAUAGCUGCAAUCACCUGCAUUGUUGUGUUAGCAUACUAAUGUUAGCGCUCUUUAGUUAGCUUGUAGCUUCACAUUAGCUGUGUCCUGCAUUGUUGUGUUAGCAUGCUAAUGGUAGCGCUCUUUAGUUAGCUCGUAGCUUCACAUUAGCUGUGUCCUGCAUUGUUGUGUUAGCAUGCUAAUGUUAGCGCUCUUUAGUUAGCUCGUAGCUUCACAUUGCAUAUAAACUGACACAGAAUGGGCGUGAUCUAAAAACUCUUACUAACAUCCAAAUAAUCAGUUUGAACGCUGCCUCAAAAUAUUUUAAUAUUUUAUGUUUCAAAAUAUUUUAAUAUACUAUAUAUUCUUUAUUCAUCAAUAAAAAUACAUUUCAGACGGCCCCAUUUCAAGUCCAUGUGGCAGCUCAGCUAGUAGCAGCUCAGCUUGCAGCUGCCUUUGACCUCCUUCAGGCUGCUCUUGAAAUUUUGAUUUCUUUCUUUCUACCUGUGUAAAUACACAUAUCUGUUAUCCUGGUGAGGAGGGGACCUUCACAAAUCAUUCUGCUGUCAGUAAAAACAAGUCGGGCUCAGAGAAAACAGCAGCUCCUCGUGCAGCCUCUUCUGACAGCCCGUGUCGGCAGAAUCUUAUUUUUAAAGAUUUGUAACGGUGACGUUUUUUGUUUAUUUGAGUUAUGAGCCUGUCAUGUUGUUGAACAAAGUGAGAGCUGAGAUUCAAACUGACAAAACGCAUCAUGAUGUAAUUCAAACAGUCAGCCUGUAGGGUGCAGCCCAAACGUUGUGUUCUUUGUGUUUAUUUCCUCACAAAGCUCUCUGUUCAGGCCACAUGUUGUGUUUUUUAUUGUGGGGAUAUUUAGCUGAUGUCGUAGGAAAUCCUGAAUAAUAAUUUUUCAAGCAGAUAGAAAUCCCUUCAUGCUUAGAGCGUGCGUUGUACAAAGGAAGUAGACGUUAUAUAAAGAAUACAAAUAAAGGAGAGGAUAUAGCACCUCCAUGAACACCAGAGAGCCAUCCACGUACAAAACGUGCAGUGAGUGGCGGGAAAAUGAAAACCCCUCAAUAUAGGAAUAUAUCCUGAUUGGAGACGCCACACGACAGCAGGAAGUGUUGAGUUCAAGACGCACUGAUGGAACCUGAACGCACCAUCAGUGUAGCUAACCAUGAGUCAUGCUAGCUGAGGUUUAAUGCUUCAUCACAGCGUGCUCGACUGUUUGCAGACGACUCACAGCUCUUCUGGUUUGAUCACUUUCUGUGGAGCUCGUCAGCAGCGCUUAAAGAUUUUUUGCAACCAAGAAGAAGUCGGAGAUGUUCCACUUUGUCUUUCUCGGACUACAGGGACACAUGUUUUGUUUUUCAGCUUCCUCAGGACAAUCCUGAAACAGAAACAAGAAGACGAGUCGUCCUGCAGCCGGAGCUCGAUGAACACGUCCUCUUACAGUCUGGAUGUAAACGGAGAGACGUUUCCUUCUUGUUCCCGAUCUUCACCUCUCUCUGGACAAAGGGGAAGGCGAUGCCACCUUCAUUUAAAAUCGGCUUCCAGUUAAGAAAGCAGAAACUGAGGUUCUGAAGAGUUCAGUUUUCCUCUCAUGAACCAACGUGUUAAGUUGCUCCGUCGUCUCGGCUUCUUAAAUGUAAAAAAGGUUGAAAGGGAUGCAGCGAGACGUCGCUGAAGACGAUGAAACUACUGAAGGUGAUGUCGGGGGAGGGGCGUGGUCAGACGACGGGGGUCUCGACCCCGCCCGUGCAUGUCCUGUUUAUCUGAGACGGCGUCAGAGGACGUGAAUGAACACGCCUCCAAGUGUGACAUCAUGUGGUUACUUCUUCUUAAUGAUUUGUAUAGCUGCAGUUUUAUUAAGGAUCUAUUGUAUAGAUGUAUAAUUUAAUAAUAAAAGUCGAUAUAUUGUUAA